AUGUUCAAGAGCCGCAUCUCCUCCUUCGCCCGCCCGGCCUUCUCGGCUGCCUCGCGGCGCGUAGCAAAGCCCGCUCCUUUCCGAUUCCCUCUCAGCAGCCGAUUCGCGAGCACAUCGAGUGGUGUUGGUGAUGGCAAAGUCUACCAGGUCAUCGGUGCCGUUGUCGAUGUCAAGUUCGACACGGCGAAGCUCCCCCCGAUUCUGAACGCCCUGACGACGACCAACAACGGCCAGAAGCUGGUCCUCGAGGUCUCCCAACAUCUCGGUGAGAAUGUCGUCCGCUGCAUUGCCAUGGACGGUACCGAGGGUCUCACCCGUGGCCAAAAGGCUGCCGACACUGGCGCCCCUAUCACAAUUCCCGUCGGCCCUGCCACUCUCGGUCGCAUCAUAAAUGUCACUGGUGACCCGAUCGACGAGCGUGGACCCAUCAAGACCGACAAGUUCCUGCCCAUCCACGCUGAUCCCCCGCAGUUCAUCGAGCAAUCCACAUCAGCCGAGAUUCUGGUUACCGGUAUCAAGGUCGUCGACCUGCUCGCUCCCUACGCUCGUGGUGGAAAGAUCGGUCUCUUCGGUGGUGCUGGUGUCGGCAAGACUGUCUUCAUCCAGGAGCUCAUCAACAACAUCGCCAAGGCUCACGGUGGUUACUCUGUCUUCACUGGUGUCGGUGAGCGUACCCGUGAGGGUAACGAUCUGUACCACGAAAUGCAGGAGACCUCGGUCAUUCAGCUCGACGGCGAUUCCAAGGUUGCCCUGGUGUUCGGUCAGAUGAACGAGCCCCCGGGAGCCCGUGCCCGUGUCGCCCUGACUGGUCUCACUAUUGCUGAGUACUUCCGUGACGCCGAAGGCCAGGAUGUGCUUCUCUUCAUCGACAACAUCUUCCGUUUCACUCAAGCCGGUUCUGAGGUGUCUGCUCUGCUAGGUCGUAUUCCCUCUGCCGUCGGUUACCAACCCACUCUCGCCAUUGAUAUGGGUCAAAUGCAAGAACGAAUUACCACCACGAAGAAGGGUUCCAUUACCUCCGUCCAGGCCGUCUACGUCCCUGCUGACGAUUUGACUGACCCUGCCCCUGCCACCACCUUCGCUCACUUGGACGCCACCACUGUCUUGUCCCGUGGUAUCUCCGAGUUGGGUAUCUACCCUGCUGUCGACCCUCUCGACUCCAAGUCUCGUAUGCUCGACCCCCGUAUCGUCGGUCAGGACCACUACGAUACCGCCACCCGUGUCCAACAGAUCCUCCAGGAGUACAAGUCGCUGCAAGAUAUCAUUGCCAUUCUGGGUAUGGACGAGCUGUCAGAAGCUGACAAGCUUACUGUCGAGCGUGCCCGAAAGAUCCAGCGUUUCCUGUCUCAACCUUUCACCGUCGCCCAGGUUUUCACUGGUAUCGAGGGUCAGCUGGUCGACCUGAAGGACACCAUCUCGUCCUUCAAGUCCAUCCUGGCUGGUGAGGGUGACGACAUGCCCGAGGGUGCUUUCUACAUGGUUGGUGACUUUGGUUCAGCCAGAGCGAAGGGAGAGAAGAUCUUGGCUGAUCUGGAGAAGUCGACGUAA